UGUAUUUUCUAUGACAGAGACUGUAGAGCAUCUUCGUGAUUUCAAUUACUAUAAAUUGAACUCAGACAUAAAGAAUGUCCUUGCUGAAUACAUUUGGAUUGAUGGAACCGGAGAGAGGAUGAGAUCUAAAACUAAGGUGUACAAAGGUCCAAUCACAUAGCUCUCAGAUUUAGAAUGGUGGACCUACGAUGGAUCAUCAACAGAAUAAGCCAAUACUAAAUGGUCUGAAAUAUAUUUGAAACCUGUAGUAUAUGUUAAGGACCCAUUUAGAGGGAGCCCACAUGUUUUGGUCUUAUGUGAAACCUAUCUCCCAGACAAGAAGACACCAGCUAGGUAUAAUUUCAGAUUUAUUGCCAAUGAAAUCAUGGAAAAAGCAAAAGACUUCAAACCUUGGUUUGGAAUAGAAUAGGAGUACUUCUUAUUAAAAAGGACUGGGACUACCCAUAUUUGGCCUCUCGGUUGGCCAACAGGAGGAUUUCCUUAUCCUUAAGGAAGAUAUUACUGCUCGAUUGGAGAGAGGAACAAUUUUGGAAGAGCUUUGGCCGAAGCUCAUCUAAGGGCUUGCUUAAAUGCAGGACUUAAGAUCGCUGGUAUCAAUGCCGAGGUUGCACCAUCUCAAUGGGAAUUCUAAAUUGGAAUUGCUGAAGGCAUUGAAAUUGGAGAUCAUCUCUGGUUGGCCAGAUACAUAUUGGAAAGACUGGGAGAAGAAUUUGGUAUUGAUAUUAACUAUGAUCCCAAACCAAUAUUGGGGGAUUGGAAUGGAUCAGGUGCUCAUACAAAUUAUUCGGACAUCAAAACUAGGGGACCUGGAGGAUAUCGAUACAUAGUUGAUACAUUGAUUCCAAUAUUACAGAGCACACAUUAAGAAGUCUUAAAGUUGUAUGGAGCCAACAAUGAAUAGAGAUUGACAGGUCAUCAUGAAACAAGUUCAUAUGACACAUUUUCGUGGGGAGAUGGAUCAAGAGGAGGAUCCAUCAGAGUACCUGUAAUUACAAAAGAACUAGGAGCUGGUUAUUUGGAAGACCGAAGACCAGCUGCUAACAUAGAUCCAUAUUUAGUAAGUGCAGUCGUUGUUGAUGUUGCCUUAUUAAAUAGUACCUAUGUGAAUCAACUUAAAUAAUUAUUGGUUGAUUCUGCCAAGCAAUUGUGAAACAUUAUAUUUUAUAUUUGUUAUUAUUAUAUAAAUCCAAUAUAU